AUGAGCCGAGGGGGGCAGAAAAGGAAACUCGCCAAAACUGGCCUCCUCCGUCUUCCUCCUGCAGAGGAUGAGGAAUCGGUUAAUAUUGCCCUGGUUUUGCUCCUGCAAAACCUAUCAGACCUAGUCGCCCAGGUCGACCUAGAAUGGGUGCCAAACCGCCACCAUUUUUCCGUGAUAUUCGGCACUGUGAUGAAUACCAUCACAGAUGGGAUCCUGCGGUCUAGAAAAGACGGCCAAGGAAUUUUCUGUCUUCUUGAAGCCAAGAAAAUGAUGCGCAGAGACAAUGACGUAAAUGUUAAGAUGCAGGAAACUGCAGAGAUCGUCGGAUGGAUUCGCUCCUCACCAGACAAGCUGGAAACAUUCCGUGGUCGCCGGUUCGUCAUCUCACAGAAUCGCCACCAAAUAUUUAUCAUCGCGGCGACAUAUGACGACGAGUAUGUGAGAUACUUGGAGGGGGCGUCGUCCGGGCCCAAGUCUUUUCUUGAGGAACAGUCUUACGGCCCGUAUGAUACUGCGGACUUGAGUGAUUUAAAAAUGUUUGCUCGUGCUGUGGUGGUGAUCACCAUGGCCGCCAACGCUACUAUAUAG